UAUAAUAAUUUCGAAGAUAACUUCUUUACUACUAUGCCUUUAUCACCCCUUUACUUAUACACCUACCACAUAGAACCUUAUUCAUAUUGCAAAGUUUUCAAUCUUCAUUCCCUUCACCAUAACUACAAACAAGAACAACAAAAACUCUAGUCCUUUAUUCCAAUAUGAGUACUCCUUCCUUACUUUGCUAUCUCCAAAUCUUCCUAAUCAUAAUAUUCACAUAUCAAACCAAAGCUGUAUACGACGAAAUAAACAAUUACCACUACUUUUGUGAUCAAAGCAACAACAAAGCUAACUUCACAACCAAUAGCACCUAUCAUAAAAACCUCAACACACUUUUAACCACCCUCACUUCCAACACAGACAUCAACUACGGUUUCUACAAUUUUUCUUUCGGCGAAAACAACAACAGAGUCUAUUCAAUUGGACUCUGUCGAGGAGAUCUUUUACCGAAUGAUUGUCGCCGAUGCCUCAGCGGCUCAAGAACAAAUCUCACAAGUAUUUGUCCAAAUCAAAGAGAAGCAAUUUUUUGGUCAGAAGAUGAAAGAUGCAUGUUGCGUUACUCCGACCGGUUAAUAUUAGGUGUCAUGGAAGAUGUUCCUAUGUUUUAUUCAAAUAACUUGAAUGAUUCGGUUGAUGUUAAUUUGUCUAAUGAAGUUGUUACAAGUUUGUUGGAUAAUUUAACAAGUAGAGCUGUGAAAGGUGAUUCUAGGACUAAAUAUGCCGCUGGAAGUUUACCUGGUCCUAGGUACGAGGUUAUAUAUGGUUUGGUUCAGUGUACACCUGAUUUGUCUGAAAAUGAUUGCAAUUCAUGUUUGGUUGAGAAUCUUCAACAAAUUCCAGGUUGUUGUAAAGGUAAGAUUGGUGGAAGGGUUGUUAGGCCUAGUUGUAACAUGAGAUUUGAAACGUCUUAUCUUUUUUACGAACCUCGAGCAUCACCACCUCCACCACCGCCAUCUCCUCCGCCUAACACCACCGGAAAAAGCAAUAAGAGUACAACAAUUGGCAUCGCUGUGGCGGUACCGGUUGCAAUUGUUGCUUUGGUCUUCAUUUUUCUAUGCAUCUAUUUUAAAAAAAGGAAGUCAAAGAAAAAGUUUGAAGAAGUCAAAGAAGAAGAAUAUCAAGACGACAAAAUUGAAAUAUUUGAGCCACUACAAUUCAACUUCAACACUAUAUCAAAUGCUACAAAUGACUUCUUUGUUUCCAAUAAACUUGGAGAAGGAGGAUUCGGGGUCGUUUACAAAGGAAGGCUUUCCAGUGGACAAGAAAUUGCAGCCAAAAGGUUGUCAAGGGAUUCUGGACAAGGCGAUUCCGAAUUUAAAAAUGAGGUGCUUUUAGUGGCUAAGCUUCAACACCGUAAUUUAGUUAGACUACUCGGAUUCUGUCUCGAAGGAAGAGAAAGAGUACUUGUGUAUGAGUUUGUACAUAAUAAAAGUCUCGACUCUUUCAUUUUUGAUCAAGCUAAGAGAGCACAAUUAUAUUGGGAAAUACGCUACAAAAUCAUUUUAGGUAUUGCUCGAGGAAUUCUUUAUCUCCAUGAAGAUUCCCGACUACGUAUUAUUCAUCGUGAUCUCAAAGCAAGUAACAUUCUCUUAGAUGAAGAAAUGAAUCCAAAGAUAGCUGAUUUUGGAAUGGCGAGACUAUUUGGCGAGGACCAAACACAGGAAAACACAAACAAAAUUGUGGGAACCUAUGGAUAUAUGGCUCCUGAAUAUGCAAUGCAUGGACAAUUUUCAGUAAAAUCAGAUGUGUUCAGUUUUGGUAUAUUGAUUCUGGAAAUUGUAAGUGGUAUAAAAAAUAGUGGCAUUCGUGAUGGGGAGAAUAUAGAGUAUCUCUCUAGCUUUGCAUGGAGAAAUUGGAAGGAGGGGGUGGCAACAAAUAUCAUAGAUCCCACAUUAAAUAAUGAUUCACGAAAUGAAAUAAUGAGAUGCAUCCAUAUUGGAUUACUUUGUGUUCAAGAGAAUGUAGCAAGCAGGCCAACAAUGGCUUCUGUUGUAGUAAUGCUUAAUAGUCAUUCUAUCACUCUUCCAAUACCUUUGGAGCCUGCAUUUCAUAUGGAUGUUCGAAACUUUCAAGAUAUUAAAUCAUGGGGUCAUAGUUCAAUUCAAGAAUCUGUCAAUGAAACUUCAAUUACAGAGUUAUAUCCUCGCUAAUUGAAAAUUUAAUCAUGGUUCAACGACAAUGAUUAUAACAAUACAUAGUUCAUUAUAAUAAAUAAAUUUAAGUAUUUUAAACAAUAAAAUGUUGUUUAUAUAUAGGAAUUAUGGAUAUAUCUAAAUGUUGGUUAUCUU